GCAGAUUUAAAUAAGCUGAAGUCUGGUUAUUUGCAUAGUGAAGGGGAUCCAGAUGACCACACGCAGAGCCCUGUGUAACAUCAAGGGCCUUUCAGAGGCCAAUGUGGACAAGAUCAAAGAAGCUGCUGGGAAAAUGCUGUAAAUGUUUAGUCCCUCAGAGUUUUGGACAAGCAAGACCCAGCUCUCACACACUGUGUCACAGCCCAGCUUCCUGGAGAGGAUGGCUACACAGGAGGAAAAGUAAUCUUCAUCGACACAGAGAACACUUUUCAUCCAGACAGGCUGAAGGACAUAGCAGACAGGUUCAACGUGGACCAUGAUGCUGUGUUGGACAAUGUGUUAUAUGCCCAAGCUUACACCAGUUUCAACUUCAGGUGAACACCAGAUGGAGCUGUUGGAUUUUGUGGCGGCCAAAUUCCACGAGGAGGGAGGCAUCUUCAAAUUUCUGAUCAUAGACUCCAUCAUGGCUCUGUUCCGGGUAGAUUUCUCUGGCCGAGGGGAGCUGGCAGAGAGACAACAGAAGCUGGCCCAGAUGCUCUCUCGUCUGCAGAAGAUCUCUGAAGAGUACAACGUUGCGGUGUUUGUCACCAAUCAGAUGACUGCAGACCCUGGAGCUGGGAUGUCGUUCCAAGCUGAUCCCAAAAAGCCGAUUGGAGGGCACAUCCUGGCGCAUGUGUCCACCACACGAAUCAGCUUGAGGAAAGGACGUGGAGAGUUGAGAAUCGCCAAGAUAUUUGACAUGUAAUUUGUCUUAAGGUUCACUUACUCAAUAUAUAUGUUGUUCUCAUUAUUCCUUAGUAAUAAGUUGUCAAAUAUGAUUUUCUCACCUAUAGAGAAAGAUCUUCCUCCUCGUUGAUUCAUUAUUUUCUAUGGUAUCCUGCAGUCCUGAUAUGCCUGAGAACGAGGCCACUUUCACUCCGGGGGGAAUUGCUGACGCCAAAGAGUGAAAGACCCUCAAGGAUUCACCAUUGGGCAGCUUUUUUCAAAUCAUAACUGAUGUGAAUACUUAUACUGUUUAUCUGUACUAUUUAAUGUUAGUUUUUUUUUUGUUGAGUUUAGUAAAAUUAAGGAUGUGUAUACUCUGAUUAGUAUACUCUUUUUAAUGUUCAU